AAUUUAUUAGCCUAUUCAUCUCAAUCCCAAUUUCCACAUCAUAAAAUGUUUGUCUGAACAGUUUUGCCCAUUCUCUUCUUCUAGGUAACUUGUUAGUGAUCGCCUUCGUGAGUUACUUUGGUGCCAAACUUCACCGACCGAAGAUCAUCGCCAUCGGCUGCCUGUUGAUGUCACUUGGGACUUUUCUGAUUGCCUUGCCCCAUUUUAUAAUCGGACGCUACAAGUUUGAAACAUCGAUUCGAUCGUCAGUGAACUCAACCAGUGACCUCUCUCCAUGUCCAGUGAGGUCUAGCGUUCUGGCCGCAGGUCCCAGCGCUUCUUCAGUGCCGAGCUCAGGUUGCGAACAUGAGUCCAUGUUGUCCAUGUGGAUCUAUGUUUUCCUUGGGAAUAUCUUGCGAGGAAUCGGCGAGACCCCAGUGCAACCUUUGGGAAUCUCAUACAUCGAUGAUUACGCUCUGGAGGAGAAUGCAGCCUUCUACAUCGGUACAUCUACGAGUUUGUUCAUGCAUUUAUGAUUAGAGUGAAUAUAGGACAGAUAUGCAUUUGCUGCUUCAUCGGUUAGCACAAAUUCAGUGAAAGUCCCAGACAGUUUUGCCCUUUCACGGUGUUACGAAUGAGGUCAAAUCUCUAGUCAAAGAGGAUUUCAAAACCCAUUCAUAACAAUAAUCAGGGAGCCGAUCAACAGACUCCCUGGAGUCCCCGCUCUCACUCCCAAGGCUUCAAAACACCAAAAACACUCUUUAAAGUGAAAAAGUGAAUUUAUUAAACAAAA